AUGAAUGGGAACGAGAGGGCGCUCGCGCGCGAGCUUCGGUGGGCGGGACACGUCGGCGCGCACGCGGCGAUCGUCGAUGCGACGUCGAACGAGGGCGAAGGGGGGGACGUGCGCGUGGCGCGGGUGAUUUUGAUGAAUAUUGAUGCGCUGACGCACACGAAGGUGUGGGUGAGGGUGCUCGGGGCGAGCGGGGACGCGGCGACGGACGAGGACGCGCACGCGCGAUGGCGAACGACGGACGAGGCGUGCGGAAGAAGGUCGAAUGUGUACGCGUUGCUUCACGUCGUGGCGGCGCCGAUCGGACGCGAAUGGUGGGAAAGAUGGAUCGGUGAGCGCGUGGGCGCGUGUGCGCUGAGCGUUCGAGCGUUCGUGAAGAACGCGCGGGGGUUUCCGGUGCUGCCGAAGGAGGCGCAAGCGAUGGUUCGCGACAUGUUUCGCAGGAAUAUUCAAAUCAUGUUGACGGACUGGAACGGCGCGCCCGAUGGGUGCGCGCGCGAGACCAUCGCGCCCGGAGAUGUGGCCGGGGACGAAGGGCGCGUGGGCGUCGACUCUGCGCAUCCAAUGCGGCUGUAUUGGGAGUAUCUCGUCUACCUCUUUCGCGGCGUCGAGCCCGCGAGCGAACAGGCGUUGGCGGAAGCGCCUUACAGGGAUUAUUUACAAGCGCCCUUGCAGCCGUUGAUGGAUAAUCUGGAGAGCGUGACGUACGAAACGUUCGAAAAGGAUGCGAGCAAGUAUAUUCAAUACGAAGAAGCCGUGCGGUGCGCGCUUCUUGAUCUCGUGCCAGAGGGCGACGAGGGCUCUGUGAUGGUCGUCGGCGCAGGUCGCGGACCGCUGGUUCGCGCGUCAUUGCGUGCGUCCGAACGCGCCAAUAGGAACAUCAAAGUGUGCGCCGUGGAGAAGAAUCCAAACGCGGUCGUCACGCUGCAGCACCUCGUCGCGAAAGAGGGUUGGGGUGAUAGAGUACAAAUUUUCCCGGGAGAUAUGCGCACGUGCGCCGCGGAUGUUCGAGUCGACGUUUUGGUGAGCGAAUUGCUCGGGAGUUUCGGAGACAACGAGUUGAGCCCAGAGUGUUUGGACGGCGCGCAGCGAUUUCUCAAACCAACGGGCGUGAGCGUGCCGCAGUCGUACGAAUCUUUCGUCGCGCCCAUCGCUGCGGCAAAAUUGCACGACGCCGUCGUCUCGUACAAGGAUUUGAAAUCCAUCGAAACACCGUACGUGGUCAAGUUUCACAGAGUGCAUCACAUCGCGGAACCGAAGAGCGUGUGGGAGUUCGAGCACCCGAACAACGCCGCGCGAAUCGACAACGAGCGUUACGCGCGCGUCGAGUGGUCGAGUGAAGAACUUGGAUCAGCCUCGAGCACGCUUCACGGUUUCGCCGCGUACUUUGACGCGACGCUGUACGACGGACCUGCCGGAUGCGUGCGCUGUAGCAUCCAUCCUCAUAACCACACUUUAGGUCCGACGGGCGAGCUCAUGUUUUCGUGGUUUCCAAUGUUCUUUCCCAUUCAAACGCCAGUGUACAUCGAUAGACGCGGCGCUUCGCCGACGAAGAUUGAAUUUUAUAUUUGGCGCCGCGUCGACGCGCACAAAAUGUGGUACGAAUGGACGAUUGCGAAACCGGUUCAAGGGCACAUACACAACCCGAAUGGGCGAUCGUACUGGAUCGGCCUAUAG